AUGGAAGUCAAUUCCUUUAUAUUUCCUGCUCCAAAAUGUGAAUACACUGAAAAGAAUUUUAAAGAACUUAUAUGGAUUCCUGUCUAUAAAGCAAAAUAAAACAAAUAACUAUUUGUUUAAUCUGCCAAUUAGUCUAAAAGACCUAGCACACAAUAAGACCUAUAUAUUGAGGAAUCUAAUUAUGAUGAAGAUGUGGAUGAAAAUAUUGUUGUACACUAAUCUCCUCCUAGAUUAUUAAACAAAUAUAAGUCUAAUAAUUUUAAAACACUUCAGUCAAAAAAGAAUUAAAAUAGACUAUAUGAAUCUUUAGCAAAUGUUUGCUUGGCAUCAAUUCCAAAUGAAAAAAUGUAACAUCCUAGAUGUAAUAAACUACCUAUUAAGCAUUAAAAACAAAUGACCUUAUUUGAAGAGCCUAAUGAAAUUAUAAAAAGUAUACCAUGUGCGUAUAUUAAUAAUCAAUCGAAAUAAACUAUGGUUUAUUUUCAUUCAAAUGGAGAAGAUUUAUAUUAAGCAUAUGAGCUUAUGUGGCGAAUAGGUAGUUCAUUGAAACUUAAUAUUUUGGGAGUAGAAUAUCCUGGUUAUGGAAUUUAUAAAGGCGAUUCAAAUGAAUAAACCAUAUUAGAAGAUGCUGAUCAUAUAAUGAAUUAUUUAAUAAAUACAAAAAAAGUAGAUGAAUCAAAUAUUAUGAUUUGUGGAAGAUCAAUUGGAAGUGGGUUAUUUUUAUUUUAUUAUUUUUUAGACCUGCUUGUUAUGUAGCUAGUAAAUAUAAACCAUUCAUGUUGGUUCUUAUAUCACCAUUUUUAUCAAUCUAGUAACUUGUAGAGCAUAAGUUGGGUAAAAUUUUUGGGGUUUUAAUAAAAGAGAGAUUUCCAAAUUACAAACAUAUUUCUGAAGUUUAAUGUCCAAUAUACAUUUUGCAUGGUCAAUCUGAUAACAUGAUUCCAUUAAGUCAUUCAUUAAAGUUAUAAAGACUUUGUAAGUGUAGAUGCAAAUUGACCACUCCAUUAAAUAUGACUCAUGCAACAUUUAAUUUAUAAUAGGAUUUAAUUAUUCCUUUACUUAGAUUUAUGAUGAAUUGA